CCUUUGGUUUUCCUUUUAUCCACCCUCUUGUCUUUGUGUUCCUAUUUGUCGAUUCAUGUAUUUAAAAUCUAUGCGAAUAAACAUUUAUCCAAGAAAUAUAGUGCGCAGUGAGUGAUGCGCUCGCUCCGAGUGGAAAUCACAAUUUUGCUAGGCUGCCAGCUUUCUGAGAAUGAAUGAAUGAAUGGCAAGCCAUAGAAGAACACUCGACAGACGAUCGUCUUCAAGAUGCUUGCUUUCUUGCGUCUUUUUCUUCUUGGGGUCCUCUCUUCAUGUAAAUUGCUAUCCUGGAGAUAUUCUUAAGCAUGGCGAAAGUAUUUCUGGGAGUGAGACUCUUGUCUCCGCUGAAGGAACGUUUGAACUCAGAUUCUUUACCACUAGGAGCAACACCACUAGCUCCAAAAUAUUUCUCGGAAUAUGCUAUAAAUGGGACCGAGAUACAGUUGUAUGGGUUGCCAACCGAGACGACCCAUUGCCGGCGGACUUUACUGGUGUUUUCCGAAUUGCAGAAGAUGGAAACCUCAAGGUAUUGGAUAUCACUGGUAAACAAUAUUGGUCUUCAGGUCUUGACAGAUCCUCCUUUACAAACCGAAUUGUGAAGCUCAUGGAUUCUGGAAACUUAGUGUUAAGCGGUGAUCACAUGCCGACGAGUUUGUGGGAGAGCUUCAAAGAUCCAACCGAUACUUUUCUUCCAGGUAUGAAGAUGGAUGAAAAACUGACAUUAACUUCAUGGAAAGGCAAAGAUGACUCUCGAAGUGAGCGAUACCAGUUUAAGCUUGAUCAAAAAAGAGAGGGCCACUAUGUUGUCUCAAAAAGAUCAAUCAAUUACUGGAAAGGUUGGAUGCAAGGUAAGUGCUCGAGCUCGGAUGGAAUAAUUCCUCAUUCCAUAACCAACCUGUUAUCCAAUUUCAGCAAGAGCGUCGUACCUGACAAUAAAUCCGAACAAAACCGCUACCAAACAAAACCAACUAAUCGAAGUUUAGAUUUCACAAGGCUGGUAAUGAAUAACAAUGGGCAGUUACAGUAUCUGAACUGGAAUGAGAAGAAACGCAAUUGGUCUUUAACAUGGUCGAAGCCGGAAGACGAAUGUGGCAUUUAUAACUAUUGUGGGAAAUUCGGGAGCUGCAAUAUUAACAAUUGGCCUUUAUUAUGCAAAUGUUUGCCUGGGUACAAGCCUUCUAACUCUGUUGAUUAUUGGGAUUUAAGAGAUUUUUCUGGUGGCUGCACCAGAAAUUCGGCAUCAACUGAUUCCGAUAUAUUCUUGAGCUUAAAGAUGAUGAAAGUGAGCGACCCAGAUUCAGAAUCCACGGUAGCAAAUGAAACAGAAUGUGGAAAGGAGUAUUGCCUUAAAAAUCGCCAGUGCGUCGCUUAUUCAUAUCGGGCUGAAAAUAUCACGCAACGAGGUGAUACUACUGAUAGUGACCACAAGUGCUGGAUUUGGAGUGAGUAUAUAGGUAAUCUUCAAGAGGAGUAUCCGAACCAGGGAAGUAACCUCUCUGUUCUCGUAGCAAAUGCUGAUAUAGAAUCAACUGCAAGGACUUGUGAGCCUUGUGGCACAUAUACGAUCCCCUAUCCCUUGAGCACGGGACAAGAUUGUGGUGACCCCAUGUACUUCAAUUUCGACUGCAACACCUCAUCAGGCCAGGUUAGCUUCAAGGCAUCCAGUGGCUCCCAAUAUCGUGUUGUUAGAAUUGAUCCAAGUACACGACACUUUGUCAUCCAAGUAGAAUAUCCUAAUGCUACAAAUUCAACCAUAAAACCGUGGCUCAAUAUGUCAUUGCCAUUUAUUUCGAACGACAAGUUGAUUACUGGGGUAGACAACUACACUGAUCAAUUUGAAGGCAGAUUGGAGGCUUCUAGAUCACAAAGGAAAAAUAAAGUAGGCGUACAGAUUAGUUGGAAGCCACCAAUGGAGCCAACCUGUACUUCAUCCACGGACUGCAGGGAUUGGCCAAAUUCAACUUGCAAUGCAACAAGAGAAGGAAAGCUGAGGUGCCUUUGCCAUCCAAACUUCCGGUGGGAUGGCUCAAAUUUGAAUUGUACUAAAGGUGAUUUUCCUAAAUCUUCAGAUGAGCCUUCAACGAGAAAGAUUCCAUUGACCUUGAUUGUUGCGUUACCUCUUGCAUGUGUGACUGUUCUCGCUUGUAUAAUUAUUUACAUGUGGAUAAGAAAGAUGGCCAAGAGACAAGAAGUUAUAAGAAGUACUGAUAAAAGAGAUCGAGCACUACGCCCAUUAGACAGUGAAAGGCAUGUCAAAGACUUGAUAGACUCGGUUGAGCCCAUAGAAGAAGAUGGGGAAGGCAUUGAAGUACCUUUUUUCGAUCUGGGAAGUAUACUAGCCGCUACAAAUAACUUCUCAGAUACAAACAAGCUCGGACAAGGGGGCUACGGGCCUGUUUACAUGGGUACAUUUCCAGGAGGUCAAGAAAUUGCUGUAAAGAGGCUCUUAAGUGUAUCAGGACAAGGCUUACAGGAAUUUAAAAAUGAGGUGGUGUUGAUUUCAAAACUCCAACACAGGAAUCUUGUUAGACUUCGAGGAUAUUGCAUAAAGGGAGAUGAAAAGAUUUUACUCUACGAGUACAUGCCCAACAAAAGUUUGGACUUAUUUCUAUUUGAUCAAAAUCUGAGCAUGCUUUUGGACUGGAAGAUUCGCUUCAACAUUAUCUUGGGAAUAGCUAGAGGACUUCUUUAUCUUCACCAAGACUCGAGAUUGAGGAUCAUCCACAGAGAUCUGAAAACUAGCAACAUUCUUCUAGAUGAGGAGAUGAACCCCAAAAUAUCCGACUUUGGCUUGGCAAGGAUUGUUUCAGGCAAAGAAACUGGGGAUAACACAAUCCGAGUAGCUGGAACUUAUGGCUAUAUGUCUCCGGAGUACGCAUUAGAUGGACUUUUCUCGGUCAAAUCCGAUGUUUAUAGUUUUGGUGUAGUUCUUCUUGAGAUUAUAAGUGGAAAAAAGAACACAGGAUUUUAUCGGUCUGAAGAAGCCAUGAGCCUUAUAGCUUAUGCAUGGAGAUUGUGGGUAGAAAACAAGUUGUUGGAUCUAAUGGACCAGAAUUUACGUGAGAGUUGCAAUGUUGAUCAGUUCUUGAAAUGCGUUAAUAUUGUAUUCUUAUGCGUACAAGAAGACCCAAGUGACCGCCCCACCAUCUCAAAUAUCGUUACCAUGCUUGACAGUGAGACUGCGAUAGUUCCAAAUCCGAAACAACCAGCUUUCAUUCUGAAGAGAGGACUUUUUAGCACAGCAAGUUCUUCUAGUCGACCGGAGACACAUACAGAAUUGAACAUUAGUUCAGGAGAAAUACAAAAUGAAUGAUGUGGUGAAUGUGCUGUUUCUAUGCUACCUACUCUGGUUUUAGCUGUAUUCUUGCUGGAAAUUUAUAUGUGUGAGUCUUAACAUUCAUACAUUUUACUCUCUUACGAAUUUCUUUGAGGGUUUGGAAUUAUAUACCCACUUAAUAAUCAUUGGGCCACUAAAGUAUUGAUGGACUUUAGGAAACUCAAGAG